AUGUUGACCAGGAACUUCUACCCUCGACCAGCCGAACCAGGCAAAUUCACCUCCGUCAACCCGCGCAAACUCCUACCAUUGCGGGAGCCACCCGCUCCCCUGCUACUCUACCCCCCAAUCCUUCCCUCAGAAGCUCAGCAAAGAUGUAACAGACCCAGUCCAAUCUCUACAGAAUAUGCUCUCUCAACACACAUCGUCCCUGCAGCCUAUCCACGUGUCACGCCAUUUGUGCCUCUCCCAGCUUCUUUCGCUUCCCUUCAUUCAUCAACUUCCCGCUUAAACAAGGAAGAAAGGAAAUCCCUAUCUAAGAAGAUAACGGAGGAGAUCAUUUGCUUCAAACAACGCCAGGCUGCAGGCGAGUUCCCACCGGACGAACGCGAAGACCGGGUACUAUGGAACUGCGUAUCACGAUAUUAUCGCAGGUCUCUACUAGAACUGGCGGGAGAACAAGAAAGGAAGAAGAGGAUUACGCUCUUCUUGACCCAUGCUAACGGGUUUCCGAGGGAGACUUGGGAACCGUUCAUACGUCAUCUAGUCUCGAUAAUAGAGCAUUCAGAUAAUAGCUCUGUACUCGUGGACGAGAUCUGGUCAUUCGAAGCAGUGCAACACGGCGAUGCGGCAUUAAUCAACGAGGACAAGCUCGGUGCACUCUACGACUGGUCGGACUACUCACGCGACAUCCUGAAUUUCCUCACGCGCUACCUGCCGUCUCGGUCCCAAUCUUUCAACUCGGAGCUUCCUGUGCACCUCCCGCGCGUUUCCGACCGAGUCGAGAGAAUCCGUCUCGAGAGGGGAUUCGAAGAUGAACGCACGCUCGUUUGUGUUGGCCAUUCUAUGGGCGGAUCUGCAGUAGCUUUAGCAGCACUAACCAUUCCAUCCAUCUUCACUGCACUAACGCUGGUCGACCCUGUGAUCAUCCCUCCAUACGCUGAUCGCGGUUCGAACAUCUACGCACUCUGCUUAGGUGCUAUCGCACGACGACAUGAGUGGCCGAGCAGGGAAGAAGCUCGAAAGUUAUUAGCAGCUUCGCCGUUCUUUGCAGUUUGGGAGCCAGCUGUCUUAAAUGCCUACGUUGAGUGUGGCCUUACGCCUAUCUCACCAUCCUCUUCGUCAUCUCAGGGGGUGAGAUUGAAGAUGUCUGGCGUCCAAGAAGCCAACGUGUUUGCAGAAUCCCGUGUCUCAUUCGAGAUUUUCGAAAGACUCAAAGACCUCGAUCCACGCAUUGCGUUACACUGGGUAAUGGCGGGUAAAGAAUCUUGGAUUACGGGAAGCGAGGCAGCGACGCGAGACCUUGUUUGGAGGCGACCUGCCAAUGCGACCAACUCGCAAAUUGUUGAUUCUGCACACCUCAUUGCACAACAGGCGCCCGAGGAGCUAGCACUCGAAGUCCAUGCGUUUCUGGAGAGGUUGUUCGGAGGAGUAAACGCAAAGGCACGACUCUAGAAUUCGCUCACGAUAUGGGUAUACUAG